CCCUAAUUUCCGAGUAUUCCUCAUUUCCUCCAGCAGGGGACCGGGCAGAGGAAAUCUGGGAGGAAAGAAAAAAGAAAUCUGAGUCAGCAGCAGCGGCUCCAGUCUGCUUCUCCUCCUCAACUUCCGUGGAUCGAUUUAAGCUCUGAUCUUCAUCAAAUCUACACUUUAGUGUUCAUCAAUGAACAUGCACGAGACUACAGUAAACUAAGAAGCAUCUGUGGAGGAAAAAACAGCCGAAACACAAAAGAGAGAAGAGUCCGUCUCGUUGAGGAGCUUUGAUGAACAAGAGGAUUAAAGCAGAUCUGCACACUCACCGCAUGUCCCUCUGCUAAACAUUUACCUCAGAGCUUCAUGUCUGUCCGAGUUUCAGCCAUGAGUGUUCUUCCUCCUGUUCGAAGGGACCGUGUCAUUGCUCAGCUCCCUCAGUAUUUUAGGAAAGAGGCAGCUUUCCACACGAAGGAGGAUUUCAACAAUAAAGUGAAGACGGCGUGUCAGGAGCAGCGUACCGGCACUGUGGGCAGAUUUAAAAUCUCUAAGGUCAUUGUUGUGGGUGACCUGGCUGUGGGGAAAACAUGUCUGAUUAAUAGAUUUUGCAAGGAUGCUUUUGAUAAAAACUACAAGGCAACGAUCGGCGUUGACUUUGAGAUGGAGCGCUUUGAGGUGCUGGGUGUUCCCUUCAGCCUACAGCUCUGGGACACUGCAGGCCAAGAGAGGUUCAAGUGCAUUGCUUCCACAUACUACAGAGGAGCCCAGGUUGUGAUUAUCGCGUUUGAUGUGAAUGACAUCGCCUCUUUGGGCCAUGUAAGGCAGUGGCUCGAAGACGCCCUGAAAGAGAACGACCCCACCGGCGUUCAGCUGUUCCUCAUUGGCACAAAGAAAGACCUGAGCUCUCCUGCUCAGUAUUCUCAGAUCGAACAAGACGCCCUUAAACUAGCACAAGAGAUCAAAGCCGAGUAUUGGGCUGUGUCCUCGCUGACCGGGGAAAACGUCAAAGAGUUCUUCUUUCGAGUUGCAUCGUUGGCAUUCGAGACCAACGUUCUCGCUGAGUUGGAGAAAAGUGGAUCGAGGCAAAUCGGUGGCGUUGUCAGAAUCAACAGCACAUCAAACAAUCUGCACGCGUCAUCAAAGAAGAAACAGCCAAACUGCUGUGCCUUUCAAGACAACCAAGGACACCGUCAAGUCAAGUCAAAGCUUCAGACUGAAAAUAAGGAAAAAGACUUAAAGGAUUUCUGUGGUCAAAGCAGAAGGAGGGACGCUGGAGUUUCUACUUCCUGAUACGGUUGAGUUCAGUUUUUCCUGGCCUAGAAAGAGUUUUCCUCUGUGGGAUGUGGAUUCUUGUGGUGUUGCUCAGUUAAACUUGUCUGGAGUUACAGAGUGACACAGCAAUUACACACAAAUGACUGUUCUGGUACUGCAGAUUUGCCAAAGAAUGACUGGAUGUUUUGUUUUUUUAACAUGGGAGUGUGUGGAUGCUUAAAUAUUCAGUCAGUCUCGCUGCUGUAAUUUUUUUAACAGUUAAGAAUUUUCUUUACAAUAAUACUCGAAUUUACCUUAAAGUCUUUUUUGUUGUUGUAAAUGAGCGUUUUUACUUGGUACUUACCGCUUUUCAUAAUAUUGUAGAUCAGAGGUUCCCAAUCUUUCUAUAAGAAUUAAGAUUAUGCAGUAACUCACAAGAAACAAUAGCUGCAUGUUGGGAACCAUUGUUUUUAUCAACAGUGUAUGCUUCAUAGGUACUUUUAGUUUCCAAUAUGAAUAUUUGAAUCUUGGUUUGUUUUACAUUUAUUAAAAAUAUAUAUAAAAAACAAAAAUGUCUGUUUUGAAAAUAAACGUUCUCUCCUCGAACAGUUAUUUAGU